GCGUCAAAUAGGACAGGAUCUACUUAUAACUGCCUGAAUCGUGCCGAAACUGGAUCAAACCAAGUCAAGCUCUCAAUGAAGAAGCAUCAUCCCCGUCGUGGAGAAAAGUGCGAAAAGGAUUACAGUUGUUGUUUUGUGGAAGUGUUUCUCGAGAAUAUUGAUAAGUGAAAGCUGAUAUAUUUAAAUGAACUGUGGGAAGCAAGUGCGUUAUUGCCGCGAAAAGUGAUAAAGCGAAAGUUGCUGAACUAUUACUCGUGAAUCAAGUUACAAAAGGAUAAUUUGGCAAGCAUGCAGUCUCCAGUGAGCUCACCUGAACUUAUGGAUCCUCGAUACAACCAUUUACGGAUUCCGGCGUCUUCAAGUCGGAUUCUUUACGACGUUCCGUGCAAAGUAUGCCGCGACCACAGCUCUGGAAAGCACUACGGAAUAUACGCUUGCGAUGGAUGUGCGGGUUUCUUCAAGAGAUCAAUACGCCGCAGCCGACAGUACGUGUGCAAGUCGAAGUCCGAGACACCCUGCAUGGUUGACAAAACUCAUCGCAACCAGUGCCGAGCAUGCCGAUUGAAGAAGUGCUUCGAGGUUGGCAUGAACAAGGAUGCAGUUCAACACGAGCGUGGACCUCGAAGCUCCACCUUACGUAAACAGAUGGCCCUCUUCAUUACAAAGGAUACGCCCCUACGGCAUGAGCUGAUGAUUCCACCGCCAAUUCCAAUGGGCCAGACAACCAUGGGUCUUGAUCUUACCAUGCAACGAAACGCUUUCUUGAGUCCACAAUCCUUGAUUCAGCCAACGAUGUUUCCAACGAUGCAAUCUCCCCAUCCUUUGAUCGCUACCGACGCCAUCAGAGAAUCGGCUGCCAACUUGAUCUUUAUGAAUAUCAACUUCCUCAAGAAUCUGGUUCCUUUCACGAAGCUGCCCCUCGAUGAUCAACUAGUUCUUUUCGAGGAAUCCUGGCGAGAAUUUUUCAUUCUUGCUAUUGCCCAAUACCUGCUGCCGAUUAACUUCAAUCACCUUCUGCUGUCGUACGAAUAUAUGAACAACAACAGAGGCGAGCCCAUACCAGAGUGCAUUAUCCGGGAAGUGGAAAUCUUCCAAGAAAUUCUCACCCAAAUCGUCGCCCUGCGAGUAGAUACCAACGAGUUCGUCUACCUCCGGGCCAUUGUGCUUUACAAAACGGAAUUCGACCCGGAAAGCAGCAUCUCCAGCUGCAGCAGUGACGGAUCGGAUCUCAUUUCAUCGACGUCCAAAUCAAUCCAGGAAAGUGCCGCCGUGCGAGCUCUAGAGGACGGUGCCAAAGAAGCGCUCGCCGCUUACGUGAGAACGUGUAGGCCAGUGCCGGCUGAGCGGUAUCGACUUCUGUUGCAGUUAUUACCAGUUCUACGAAACAUUUCUACCUACACCAUAGAAGAACUUUUCUUCAGGAGAAGCAUCGGACCGGCUCCAUUGCUGAAAAUCCUCCUGGACCUGUACAGACAAAAAUAGUUCAACGUCGUGUUCUGUAGAUCUUAAAUUCGAUCCUUGAACGCUGGAUCGUUAAAUUGACUGUGAUUGAUUUGUGUAAAUAUCCAUUUUAUCAGAAUAUAAUCAAAAUUGCUUUCUGGAAGUGAAUUUUUAAAUACCAUAGCUAAUUAGUUAAAUAAGUAUAAUUGUUGUGCUAGAGCAAAUACAGGUUAGUUGCCUAAUAAAUAUAUUAUUUAAACGAAACAAA